AUGCGACCGGCCGUUUUUCUUGUUGCCCUCGCGCCGGCCGUUCUCGCCGGCCCGUCACCACGCGCCCGCGAUACCAACUUAGCUCUCCGCUCUGACGCCCCAUCAAUACCGGAGCUCGUCCCGCGGGACCAGAUCCUCUCUAUCACCGAUCAACCGGUGGGGAAACUGGGUGCGCGGCAUGUUCUCCAAGCGCGCAGCGAAGGCUCUCUCGGACAGACCCCGUGGAUCGGAAUGGCCAUCGGGUUAACCUUCCGACAAAAACGCAACCACGAAGAGGACCUCGCCCGUCGCAAAAUCUUCCAAAGUCGCACCGCAGCCCGCGCACCAACUUUCAACUUUGACCUGCAACUCGGCACCACGGCGACCGUCACAGCGGGGAGUGUUGCGGACAGUUCCGAUAUAGGUACCGUUGUGGCAUCUAGCUCAGGUGCUGGUGUUUAUGAGAAGAUGAUGGAUCGAUUUGCUAUUCCUGAGAACCGGGCGGAGUUGCCGGUUCAUGGGAUGGAGAUGGUUGGGCUGCGGAGGUAG